AUGGCGUUUCGCAAGCGCAACAUAGCACUGUCUCGCGCACCAGCAGGAGAAGACGCGUUGAAUUCGCCCUCUUCUCCUGCAGUAGCUCAACCUGUGCCAACGCCCCCAGGCGUGCGACCCUCACCCAUCGAUGGCCGCCCCACCACGUCCACCGGUACACCCUCGCUCGAUGGCAUUCUCGCAGGACAUGCUGGGCUAGCGCUGGGAAACUCCAUACUCAUAGGCGAGAGCGGAACGACUGACUAUGCCGGCGCAUUGCUCAGGUUUUAUGCAGCGGAAGGUGUGGUACAGGGGCACAAGGUGCAUGUAGUAGGCAUGGGUGAAGUGUGGGGCAGGGAAUUGCCUGGCAUAUCAGAAGACAAGUCGGACAAGAGGAGGGAAGGAAAGGAGCGAGCAGAGAAGAUGAAGAUCGCGUGGAGGUAUGAAGGCCUUGGACAAUUUGAGAGUGCUAGAGGCUCGCCCAAUCCGCAGAGAACAACGAACCAAGGCGACGCAGCAGAAGAGCAGACAAUCUUCUGCCAUACCUUUGAUCUGGCCAAACGUCUCACGCUUCCGGUAGGGACAGCAAUCAACUAUGUGCCGAUACCUCCACCGACAGGCGCUUCUGCCUCGCCCUUCCCUUCGAUUCUGCAAAACAUACGGCAGCAGCUCGAGUCAACACCACCACAAACGAUACAUCGCGUUGUGAUACCUUCUCUUCUCUCGCCAGCGCUAUACCCUUCCUCGUCGGCCCAUCCAACCUACAUACUUCAGUUUCUUCAUGCUCUGCGCGCGCUCCUCCGGCAAUACCAAACGCGUCUGACCGCCGUUGUCACGCUUCCACUAACCCUGUAUCCAAGAUCCUCCGGGCUGGUCCGCUGGAUGGAGAUCCUCUCAGACGGUGUACUCGAAUUGUCUCCGUUUCCAUACUCGCGCAUGCAAGCACUUGCACAAUCGGCGGGCACCACAAAGGACGAGGAACGACCGCAGGGUAUGCUUGCCGUCCACAAAUUACCCGUGUUUCACGAAAAGGGCGGCGGUGGUGGAGCAGAAGACUUGGGCGAGGAUAUGGCGUUCACAUUGAGCAGACGGAAGUUUGUGAUUGCAAAGUUCAGCCUGCCACCGAUGGAAGGCGACACUGAGGCGCAGGAGGAGGCUGUAAGGGAGGCGGCGGGUGCUAGUGCGAUGCCAAAGAAGCAGGAUCUAGAGUUCUAG